AUGGCCGCGAUUUGUGAUUGGAUGUGGCCAGGUAAAUCGCCUCCUUUUCCUCUUUCCACCGGUUCAUUCAUUUGCCCGAUUGGGUUAAUGGAGGGCAAAUGCACUGCUCAUGUUUUGCACUUGUAUCAGCCUCACAAGUGUAGGCCUCGUGCUUACUGCUUACCAUCACCGUUCCAUACAUCGGCAAUAACCAGUUCCCCCUCAUCGUUUUCAGCCCAUCGGUGUAAGUUUUCUUUCCCUCUUCGGCUCUUCCUAACUAUCUUCCUUUUUCUGUACGAACAAUCUGAAAUGAGGAAUUGGAACAGCGGAGGGUAUUCAGUGAGAAUGAUGGUGGCGGAAUACGGGACUAUGUCGGAGAUUGUGGUUCAAGGGGACAAUCAGCAAGUUGAGUAG